AUGACCACAACCGGCUCCCCAGCUCCCAAAAUGAGCGAUGCUAUCACAGAAGAAAGAAUCAAUGGUUCAAAUUACCUGCAACAGCAAGAUAAACCAACGAAUUACCGCUACACCACAUCUGGAACAAGACAAUGGCGCCCUCUUACAUUGUCGUAUUGGCUGAAUAUCAUUCUUUUUGCUGUGGAGGUGGGUUUCCUCGUCACGAUUAUUGUACUCGAUAGGAUCUCUACAGCCAAAAAUGGUAUCGUUGACGUACCAGACAUCACUACCACCGGGUAUGUUGGAACGUAUGUCGGCAAGAAUUACAGUCUCCUAUGGACGUCGUUGCCGUCAUUUCUCUUCUCCAUCUACGCCUUGGUCUGGACGGCUGUCGUCCACGACAGUGCAAGCAGACAGCCGUACAUUGAGCUAAGAAGAGGAGCAGGAGCUCUUCGAACCAUCAUGCUGGACUACAAAACCUUGCCUGGCUGGAAAAAUUGGUAUGUCGCCCUUCGAAAUCGACAUGGUCAUUUGGCCGUGGGGUUCAUUUUGGCCUUUUCACUUUCGACUCUAUUCCAGUCGCUUGCCGCCCAUCUUCUGGUGGGACGCCCAACACAGGCCUCUCGCCAAGUCGCGGUCACUUUCACAUCCGAGUUCAACGCGUCGGCCAUAGACGUAAGGACGAAUCUUCAGCCUUUCAUCGACAUUUCUACGGCGGUGCAGGCGUACAACAGUAUCCCACCCGUGUGGAUGACUGAUGCCUACGCCUUCGAGCGCUUCUCGGUGCCAGAGGGCCUUGACGGUGGCAACAUCACCGUCAACACCUCGGCCUAUUCAGCUGUGCUACAGUGUAAUAGUGUUGAUGCGACGGAUUACACGCUCUCGGAGGCAGAUUCGGAUUCAUCUGGUGACAAGAUCGUCAAAGUCAACUUCGACGACCGAGGCUGUCCAGUCUCGCAACAAUUCCUUAUCGCACCCGGAACUCCAAUUUACGCCAAAGCAUGGUACGACUUUUGCUCCAACUCGAAUAAAAGAAGGUUCGGUAUGUUUGCGGGCCAAUAUUCGGACUCGUCAGCCAACCAUCUCACGGACUUCAGCGUCACUUCGUGCAUCCCGACAUAUUGGCAGACCAACGGAUCGCUAACCAUGACGUCUACGAACGGUGGUGACACCCUGUCGAUUGUUUCUUUCGUGGGCACAAGCCAAACACAAAUUGAUCCUGGUAUCCAGACGACAUUUGAAAAUGCCCUCCACCAGUACACCUUCUUCAAUCCGGGAGCCGUAACCAACUCCGACUCGGUCGGCUUCUCAAUCUACUCAGCUGCCCAGGCGGUAUCGGGGCAGACAUCGCCGAAUGCAACAUCGGUGCUCAACAGCACGCAGAACUUUUACGCCACUGCCUAUGCCGCCUUGGUCAAAAACGUCCUGCUGCAAACAAGCGACUCGCCCCGUGCAGACACCGGUGAGCUGACGAGGACGACCAACCGGCUUUUCAUUGCGAGCCAGAUUGCGUGGGUGAUGGUCGCGGCGAUGGUGGUGGUCCUGGUCUGCCACUUGAACUUGAUCAUAUACGCAAAACGCCACGAUACGAUGCUGGACGAAGACCCCGUGGGUCUCCUCGGCGCCGCAAAGCUGUUGCGCAGAAGUGAUGUGCUGCAAAUUGUGGACGAGUUUGAAGAGAUGCAUAGUGACGUCCCGGAAAUGCAGAAGUAUAUGAGGAAGCAUUAUGGCCUCGGACGUGGAGACAACUGUUGGUGGGAUGAAGACGAGAGAAGGAUCAAGGCCAUUGGAAUGCUGGGGAAUUGA